AUGUCUCCCGCGACGACCCCGAAAGCAACGGGAAUCGAGCUCCCUUCUUCAUCUGUGACCGACAACCGUGCCCUAAUCAUACUCCGCAGUCCAUUACCACCGACGAAGGGCGCUACGUACCGAUCCGAUGAGUCCAGCACCCCAGCGGCCCCGCACUCCGGCACCCGCAUCCCCCAACCUGUCGCCAGUACAGGUCAAGCGCGAGGAGAUCCCCAUCUCCCUCGAGGAACUGAGGCAGUCGCACAGCCUUCAGCGACCCCUCAAGCGAUCCCCCAGUCCUCCCUGGGGCCGCGGUUGGAAAGGUCUCCCAAGACCGAGCCCCGCAACACUCCGCCGCAUUCUUGGGCCGGCUCGUCAUCAGCGGUCACCGCCUUGACUUCAGUCCCUAUCCUACGUCACCCCACCUCCGGGCUUCCUCAAUUGAUUUCACCGCCGUCGCCGCCGCGAGGCCGCUCAAGCACUCGUUCCUCGAGAAGUUCACCCGGUGGCCAGUCACAACAGUCGCCUUCGCCCGCGGGCAGUCCUUCGUCCCCCUCACCGCCGGUAAUGUCCUCCCCUGCUGCCGUCCCUGAUAAGGAGAUGCUGAAGCUCCUCCUCCCGCUCCGAUAUGAUGGGAAGUCGGUGGUCGAAUGCAACCACUUCAUCUCGCAGUUGCUCAUCUACUGGACAAUCAACACGGCUGUCACGAGUUGGUCAUAUGCACACCUCCCCGUCCUUCCCCCAUCCACCGUGGCUGCUUGUCAGGGCCAGAUCCACGCAUUCGACUCACAGGAUCUCAUCGACGUCUACAUCCCAGACGGCCUUGAGACUAUCCUCCACCGUUGCGAGCAGCAGCCGUGCCCAAAUCGGACACCCCGAUCAAUCGAGGAGGAUUACCCUCGUUACAAGGCGAUCCGACGAGCGCAACACCCGCUCGGACCCCAAAGCACCCUCGCAUCUCGAUCGGCCUUGUGGCACUCUCGCCCUGUCUCCCCUACCUCCCGCCUCCCUCAAACUGUCGCCGAUCAAGCGCGAGGAGAUCUCCCUCCAGACCCU